GACGUUCUUAGGGAUUUCAACCAUCAAAAUUACGGCCCAUGGACUUGUAAAGUGUUCUAUUGCAGAAGAAAAAAAAGAAGAUGGGACCUCAAUUGCAGCUCAUGAGUUCCAUUAUUGGUGCAUUUUUCUUGGUGGUUUGGGCUGCGGCGGCGGCGGCGGACCUGGAUGAAUGGUUAAUACCCAGCACCGCGGAUGGCCCUUUCACGCCGGUUACUCGGAGGUUCGACCGUUCGUUGCGCCCAGGCAGUGACGACUUGCCCAUGGAACAUCCCAGGCUCAAGAGGAACGCCACUUCCAUGUCUCCUGAACAGAUCGCUCUUGCUUUAUCCACCCCUACUUCUAUCUGGGUUUCUUGGGUCACUGGGGAAUCACAGAUUGGAUUGAAUGUCACGCCACUCGACCCAACAAAAGUAAGAAGUGAGGUGUUUUAUGGGAAAUCAAGUGGGGUGUACACAAAGACUAAAUCUGGGGUUUCAAUGAUUUAUAGCCAGUUGUAUCCAUUUAAAGGUCUAUGGAAUUACACUUCUGGCAUUAUUCACCAUGUUAGAAUUGAUGGUCUUGAACCGGAGACGAAGUAUUACUACAAGUGUGGAGACAGUUCUUUACCCUCAAUGAGCAAGGAGCAUGCGUUUGAGACCAUGCCUUUGCCUGGGCCUAAUAAGUAUCCUCGUCGAAUAGCUGUGGUUGGAGAUCUAGGCCUCACAAGCAAUUCAACUGCAACCAUUGAUCAUCUCAUCGCAAACGCUCCUUCAAUGGUAUUGAUGGUUGGGGACAUGGCUUAUGCAAAUCAGUACGUUACGACUGGUGGGAAAGCAGCUUCCUGUUAUUCAUGUCAGUUUCCUGAUUCACCCAUCAGAGAGACGUAUCAACCUCGUUGGGAUGGAUGGGGAAGGUUUAUGGAGCCAUUGACCUCAAGAAUACCAAUGAUGGUCAUAGAAGGAAACCAUGAGAUUGAGCCCCAAGCAGAAGGAAUAACAUUCAUGUCAUAUACAACACGAUUCUCUGUUCCUUCAAAUGAAUCAAGAUCGAUGAGUAACUUCUAUUACUCAUUCAAUGCCGGCGGAGUGCAUUUCCUUAUGCUCGGAGCCUAUGUUGACUACAAUAGAACUGGUUCCCAAUAUAGCUGGCUUGUGGAAGACUUGAAGAAAUUCAAUCGCAGCGUAACCCCAUGGCUUGUUGCCGCGUGGCAUCCUCCGUGGUAUAACAGCUACUCAUCACACUACCAGGAAUUCGAAUGCAUGAGGCUAGAAAUGGAACAUCUCUUAUAUGAAUAUGGAGUUGACAUUGUCUUUUCUGGACACGUUCAUGCGUAUGAGCGGACGAACCGCGUGUACAACUAUAGUCUAGAUCCUUGUGGGCCAGUGUACAUAACAGUGGGGGACGGUGGGAACAUUGAGAAAAUCGAUGUUGAUUUUGCAGAUGACUAUGGAAAGUGUCCAUCCGACGUGGAUAAUAUACCGGAAUAUGGAGGUGUGUGUCACAUGAACUUCUCAUUUGGCCCUGCCAAAGGCAAGUUUUGCUGGGACAGACAACCAGAAUGGAGUGCAUAUAGAGAGAGCAGUUUUGGACAUGGAAUACUUGAGGUUGAGAAUUCUACUCAUGCAUUAUGGACUUGGCAUAGGAAUCAGGAUGUUUACAAGGAAAACAUACUUGAUGAUAAAUUAUACAUUGUACGGAGGCCUGAAUCUUGCGCCACUUCUUCUUAGAUUCAUUUCAAGACCUUGGACCAGCCACACAUUCUUUAUCGGUAGCAGACCAGAGACAUUGAAUG